AUGCCACUUCCUGCUGUCGAGAGCCUCUCAUCUGACUUUGACUGCUCCACUGCAGCAGGGUCGCAACGUGGCUCUCUAAGCUUCUGUCUCCUUCCACAGAUGAUCUUCUUGAGAGCGCCUGACAAGUUGUGAUCCUUGAAAAGGCAUGGCAUUCCCUUCUAAUCAAAACCCCCAUCUGCCUAGCCCCAUCAAAGAGAUUGAAGGCACACAUUGGAUCCAUCUCUAACAUCGUAAGCUUUCAAAAUGACGCCCCAAUCCACCGCCCCAGAGAUUAUCUGGGCGCAGCGCUCAUCGGCAGACUCCGAAGACCAAUGCGUAGUCAUGGUUACGAUCAACGUGCCGAACCUACCCCUAGCUCCACAGACAAAGCUCGACCUCAAGCCAACAGGUUUUGAAUUUGAAGCUCAUGUCCCCGCAGACUCAACGAAAGGGAUUGAGGAAAAGCACUAUGCCUUCAAGCUCGACUUUUUCGAAGAAAUCGACGUUGAGAACUCCAAGCAAUCCCAGACAGACAAGUCUCUCUACCUCGUGCUGCGAAAGAAGGAGAAGAAGCUGGAAUACUGGCCACGGCUCAGCAAGGAGAAGAUCAGGCUGCAUAAUGUCAAGACUGAUUUCGACAAGUGGGUAGACGAAGACGAGCAGUCUGGCGACUUGGACGACGUCAUGGGCGGCAUGGGCGGCAUGGGCGGUAUGGGUGGCAUGGGAGAUAUGAUGGGCAUGGGCGACAUGGGCGGUAUGGGCGGCAUGGGCGGUAUGGGCGGUAUGGGCGGCAUGGGCGGCAUGGGCGGCAUGGGUGGCAUGGAUAUUCAAGAAAUGCUUAAGAACAUGGGCGGUGCCGGCAGCGGCAUGGGUGACUUCGACUCCGCUGAAGAUGAGGAAGACAGCGAUGAUGAAGCACAGGCAGGCGAAGCCGCACCAGCAGAGACUUCCACUGCAGAGAAUGCGAAAAGCAAGAGUGCUAAGGACAUCGAAUCCAUCGACUAGGCU